CUCCGGUAUAUCCAACAUGGCUGACCGGCUGAUUGUUUACGUGUCGGAGAACAGAGUGAUUUUUGAUAAAAAACACAAAUAUUAUGAAGAUAAUGAUCUGAAGGACAACUUGUGGAGAGUCAGCGUCAGAUUCUCAUAUGACGAUGGUUUGUGUGCUUUAACAGUUUGCUAAAUGUCUUUGUUUUAACUUUCAUCUGUGCUAAGUAACAUUAGCUUGCAAGCUAGCCUGUUCAGAUACAACAUACCAUAUGUAUUUUCACUGUCUCAAACUCAAUCACGUUGCUGUCACAGCACCAUUAGGUCUCGGUUGUUACCUUACGUUUAUGGAUUCUAAUUUAAUGUGCUUAUCCGGUACUGGCCCCGACUCAGUACAUGCUAUCAUGACAGAGAGCCAUCUUAACACUAGAGGCAUCAAAAUUCUCCUCUGAAUAUUUCGUAAUUUCGCGUUCUAUAUUGGCAUCGGCUCCAGUGUGUAAGGACCUUUACACAACAAAGCAAUCCUGACCUGAAUUUAAAAAAAAAUCAGAACAAAACAAAACAAAACAAAAAAAAAAAACCCCAGCUGUCUCACUCAGGGUAAUAAAACUCUCUGGCAGGUGCUUUUGAUUCCAUCAUAUUGGCUGUUUAUGGCUUUGAAUCUCACAAUCAACAAUCAACCUUUUCCACUGUUGCAUGCCUUUAAAUUAAGCUGUAUUUUUACAGUUUAAUUUCACAGCUUAUUAAAAAAAUAUUUUUUACAUUUUACUGAUGGUAUAAAGUGUUCUUACUAUGGUAAGGUAAUAGCAUACACAAAUACACAUAUGAUACUUUACGGUGAGCAGCCCUUGUGUUUUAAAAAAUUUCCAGUAUCUCUCAAAAUACUUCUGUUUUGGAAGUCCUGAAUGGCAAUGACUCUAGCCGAGGAGAGAAAGAAAGCUGCUGAUAAAGAUAACGAGCAAAGGCAGAUGGGCUCUCUUUUUCACAACAGACAAACGAGCUCAAAAACAUAACAUGGGGGACACCUGUGUUGCCUACCACCUGAGGCUACUUUGAUUCCUUUAAUCUGUGCUCUGCUCUUGCCUGCCUUUGAAGUGAGAAUCCCUGUCACCUUCACCUUUUGCUCUCGCUGAUUCACUUGCUCUCUUCACACAAAAACAAACCACAAAUAACCACCACCUGCUAUCUUUGUCAUAGCUCAUAGAGUGGCCUGGUGCUCAUUCAUACUCAUUCUGUUCCAUUCAACUGUGCUGCAGGCAAGCUGGGCCUAAAUUUACCCCAGCAUUUAUUUUAGGAACUAGCAACAUACAUCACUGUCUGUUAGAUGUAAUAUAUUAAUGUCUGCAAGAAUAGAAACUGAUUUUAACUUUGCUCUGCCACAGAGGUCUUUUUUAUGGCAGGGAGCAGGAAAGAGCAGGAAGAAGUUUGGGUACAGAAUACAGCAAAAAGGAUGAGGAUGAAAUCCAUCCCACUUACAUUAUCUACAUCCUUUGUCCCUUAUGGUUCUCAGGGUGGACAAAGCAACUCCCAGCUGUCACUGCAUGGGUGACAUUUGAAUAUACCUUUGACAGUAAGCCAGCUAAUCUGGCUAGACAAACUACCACUCACCCACACAUGUGGGCAAAUUAGAGUCACCAAUUAAGGAAUGCCAAUACACCAUGGUAGAAAGGAUACUCAAAAAGAACCAGUUCAGAGAUUGGUUUGAACACAAAGAAUCCACAAAUAGAGGCCCUUGCAAGACAGGGGAUUUGAACCAACAACCCUCUCUCAACAAUCAACAAACCCUCUCUCCUCACUGCAGGACAGAGAGAUUCAGAAGAUCUUUUGUACCAACAGCCAUCAGGCUUUAUAACUCUUAUGUAAAUAAUAGAUAACUUUUAUAGACAUAUUACAUGAGACAACAGACAAUUGAAUUUCCCUUCGGGGAUCAAUAAAGUUCUUCUUCUUCUUCUUCUUCUUCUUCUUUGCUGAAAGGGACAUUGUCAAGCUCCUUUUCUUUCCAAGAAGAUACAAUUCUUUUGAUUUCCAUGUAGAAUGCAUUCCUUCGUGGAUUUUUUUUUCCAACUCCAUAAACAUAACAGAUAUAUUAUUUAGAAGUCUAAAAAAAUGACAUGAAACUAGGAGAUUUUGGUUUUCUUCUAUCUCUUUUAUCUCGUCAUCCCUCAACCUUCUCCUUUUGCCUCUCAGUUACAACUUCAUUACUUAAUUUUCCUCAAUUUGCAUCUGUUUGUCUCAUGUCAGCUCUCGUUGUAUUUGUGAAGGAAGGGUCUGUCCUGGGAAUCAGCAGCCAGCAACCAAGCCUGUCCCUGUCGCUAUGGAAACUGGGUGAGCUUCAUAAUAGUCAUAGAAAGGAAGUGUGUGUGUGUGUGUGUGUGUGUGUGUGUGUGUGUUCUUCUCAAUACAGGUUUGUGUGUAUGUGCUUGUGUCUGUCUUUGUGUAUGAGGGGGGCGGUCAGUGGUGUAUGCGCAGGUUGGGGAUGUUUUGGAAAAACAGCAAACACCUCUGAAACUGAAAUACUAUCUCACAUUUUGCUCCUUGAAAAGAGCUGGAUCUUGAGAAGCCACUCCUUUCAAAGAACCGUUCAAAAGACUGGCUCAAUGUUAUACUUCUUCAUUUUUUAGAAGUCAACCAGGGGAACACAUGGGUGGGAACUAUUAAAAAAUAUUGAUCAUAAUUUCAUCUGGCUUGUGUUUUCAUUGUAAACAUUCAAUAAGAAGGUGUCAUAUCCCUGUUCUUGGACAGUGAGAUCAUAUUUUGAAUUUUUCCCUCAGCUAAAAAACUUUGUGGCACAAUAAAAACAAUGCAGGCUACAGACAACUGAUAAAAAUGAAGACACAACAAAAAUGUGAAUGCAAAAUUGUAUUACCCUACCUUGUGUUUGGGGCACACAAGUGACACAUGAAGGCAGUGUGGGCAAUUUGCAUAUGAGAAUGGCUCGCCACCAGUUCUCAUUGUUUACUUAAGAGCUGUUCAAAUGACUGACUCGUUCGCGAAUGUUACAUCUUUAAUUUUCCACUGACCUUGCUUGCAGUAAUACAUAGCUUGGUUUGUGUUACAGAACUCUGGCUGGCUUCUUCAAACAGGGGCCGUGUUGACUAUUGUUUCAUCUAUCAUUGCCCGUCUUUCUUGCUAAUCACCUAAGAGUGUUACUUGUGAUUGGUUGAAACCCCUUGGCAACGUUUUUUUUACUCUGCACAAUAAGAGCAAUGCCAGAGACAAACAAAAGAGUAUGCCAUAUCAAAACAAUUUGCGGAGAAUAGUUUGGACACAUUUUUCUUUUAGCUUGUUGACAUCAAGGCAAAGAUGUCAGUUUCCUUUAGCAUCACUGGUAAACACUGCAGUAUAAUCAUCAGUUUCUGUCAGCAUGUUAAAAUGUCAUUAAUUUUUAAGGAGUGUCAACUACAAAGCUCUGCCAAGAAGGAGAAUUAAAACAGGACAAAGUCAUUACUUCUAUUCUUACAGAAAACCUGCUUACGUAUGUCUGAUGCAGCAGUAAACAGUUAUGUUAAAUUUUGUGUGAAUAAUAACAAAUGAUCAGUCUACAAAUGUUCCCACAGAAGUUCUGCUCAUCUUUACCUUCCGUGUACAAUUUCGGUAAAAUGAUUAUUAGUAUGCCAACGUCUUAACUUAAAUGUUAAAUGCAAUACUUUUGACAUCUGUUUAAGCUUAAAAGAGAGUUAAUUUUGUAGCUGUGGUAGAGCUACCAACAAUGAUUAAGAGGGACUAUCUUUAUCUGAACAUUGGCCUGUAUCAUUUUUUAAUCAAUAAAAUGGUCUUUAAAUCAAUUUUUGGUGUAUUACUUCAGUCAAUAGGCAGAUAUUGAGCAGGAUAAUGCAUGGCAAACAGGUUGUGAUGGACUUUAGAAUCCAGGGUAAAAUCUGACCCUGAUGCAAAGUGGGAAGAUCUAAUCAAACCCUGAAGGAAUUCGCACAUGCUAUGAGCAAAUGCAUGACCCCUAAAAAACAAACAAACAAAAAACUUAACCAGUUGUGGCAACUUUACAAACAGAGCAACUGUUUUACAGACUGGGUUUUUCCUAUAGACUAUAUAUAGGUCAUAAAUCCCGCCUCCUCCAGCAAAUUUAAUGGUACUGUGGACAAACUUAAAAAAUUAAUUACACAGAACAUUAUUUUUCCUCCUCCCCAGUCAUGAUGUUGACAUUUAGUUAUUGUAAGAGUGGUUUGUGCCCAAGUCCUCUUUUUUCUGUGCAGCUCCAUUUUAAAAGUUAUUAGGGGGUUCAUGUUUUCUAUGAUUGACACUUGAUACAGCCUAUGGGUGUACAGACUGCAUAAAUCAUCUGGGGGUACACUGUUUGAGAAGAGCAUCAUCACAGAGACUCUCCUGCCGAAUACUACUGUGGAAAUUCUGGUUUCAGGAAUGGAGAAAAUCCUAGAAAUACCAACAGUAAUUUGGCUUUAAAUUCACACAAUGAUGGGAGGUUGAGUCAUGUUGUCAGGAUGUAUUUCAGGAUAACUGUGUCCAGUUUGACACACAUCCAAAAGUACUGUAACCACUUGCUUAAAAAAGGAGUCCACCAAUUUUCACGAGGCAACUGAUCCUGAAUCCUUGACAAUAAAAUGCAGCAUGAAUUGUGUUUUAGGUUGACAUGCACACACAUGCAGACCAGGGGUGGGCCGUCAGGGCCAGCAAGGCCUUCUCUGCUGGCCUAAACAUACUCAGAAAAGUACAAUUAUUUAUGUAUGUAUUUUUUCAUAAAUAUGUAAAUACAUAUAUUCUCUAUUGUCUGUUCUCUUUAUGUCAAAUUAUAUCCACUCAGUUGAGCUGCUUCCAGUGAUGUAUAUUAUGAUAGAAGUUUUUAUCCAAUCAUAUUUCAGCUAGCUUGUGUUGUCAGCUGCUAUGAAAUCUGUGUGCGUAGACACCUGAGCCUGGUUUUUCAAAAGUAAUCCGCUCAGAUUUUGGAUAACGGAUUGGAUUUAAUCUUGAAAAUGGGUUAUGUAACUGAUAAGUUCACUAUCUUGGUGUUGAGAUCAAACCUUUAGUUUGGGUUUUUCAGAACUUUGUAGUAGGAUUGGAGUCACUUUAAUCCAAAAAAUCUGGAUUAAAUUGAUCCCAUCAGAAGGGUGGAUUCAGUGUGGAUUUCAGGCCCAAAAUGUAAUGAAAUUUUAAAAUUGUAUCAAAUAAUACUAUAUUUGGAUCAUGCAGUAUAGCCUACAAGAUGUCCUAUUUAUUCAUAAGGUUUUAAUUUGAUUUGUUAAUUCAUCAGGCUACAGAGAUUAGGUAGGCUAUAACACAUUCAGCCUUUCAGUAUAGGCUUCCGGCAAAGUAGAAAGAGUUUGGCCUCAUAAAAUUAUCCUCCAAACAGCUGUCAAUAUUGACCACAAAUAAUAUAUUUAAUUCUGUCACUAAUUAAUGUGUAUUCAUUGCAAUCAAAAAUAUAAAUUUUUUGUCUUUAGAUUAUUUUUUAGUGAUACACGCAAUGACAAAACAGAAUAUCAAAGCAAUGGCAAUGGCAUCACUAGUUUUUGAAAUCCAGAACAAAUCCAAAUCAGAAAUAGUGUCUAACUAUUGCGUCCCUUGUUGCACGUCCUGUUUGCUCAUUCUGGCAGAAUGCAGGAGGUUGGUCAGGGUCUCUAAGGGGCUCAGGUGCAUCAUUGUCAGCAGGCACGUCUCUGGCAUGUCUCCGGCGAAGCACGAAAAUAAAGCCCUAUAUGAUUGCUCUUUAUCAACUUGCUCAUCCUUUGUAGACACUUGGGGCUCUAUUUUCGUGCCUUGCCGGCGACGCGGCGCAUGCGCGGCGUAAGUCAGAUUCGCUCAGAGCCGCGCCGACAAGGCGUUCCCAAGCACAAUUUGGUAUUUUGAUGAGCGGUGCAGCCCGGCGUAAGUAUCCCCCCUCCCUAACUCAGCUCCUCCCAGCGGCGUAAGUCGUAGCGAGGGAGGAGAGAGGGCGGGGAGUGGGUUUAACACAGCCGAGACCUGUUUUCACCAAUCACAUCAGCUCCUCUCCUUGCCUUUAAAUCCGCCACCAGCGAGUCGUAUUACAAUUUUCAUGAAGAGAUGUCUGGAGACAGUUAUGCCACACGAUGGCGACAAAGGGCAGCUCCUCAACAAGUGUCACUGUAAGCGCUGCAUUGGGCGUCCUCCACACUCUCUCAUAUGAGCAUAGAUGGAUUUGGUGUGUGUAAUGUUGGAACCACUGGUAAGACAAACACCCUUUUCCACAAAGAAAGACACUCACAUAAAGUUGCUCAUAUCCAAACCUCACGUGACAAAGGUGGGUUGAGCGCACAGAUCACUACAUAAAUUCCAAUAAUGGCAUUAAAAUCGGAACCAUCUGUGCGUACAUGACGCAUCGCGCUCCGUGGCCUGACUCUUUCUUUCAUAGAUGUUGGCAUAUAAAAUAAAUUUGGCUCACAAAACUGAAUAUUAUAUCUGUAUGUAGGCGUAAAGUAAAUAACUCAUCUGAGCGCUGAAACAAAUCAUCUGUUCAGCCGCAGCAGCAGCAAGAUGGACAGUGGACACGGAGACGUGUCCAGGUCGAGCUGUGCGAAAAAUAAGAGGAAGAGGAAGAAAGAAAAGGAGGGAGACGAAUUAAAUAUCUUGUUAACUUCAUAAUGUGUGUCUAUUUACUAGAUAUUUAAUUUAAUUUAAUGCGGUUUCAGCUGUGUUGAUUCGGUCAGGUUGUGUGUCCAAACGCGUGCCAAACGCGCUCAUCAGAUCAGAUAUAGAUCAGAAUAUAUCUAUAUACAUCUAAAUGUAUGUGCUGACUCAGGUAAAUAGUUGUUGAUGAUUAUUUAUUGCACUGAAAUGUUCCUGACACUGUGGAAACCUGUCGGUGAAGCAUCAGUGACAUAUGCUGAUACGCCACCGGUCUACCAAAAUACUACUAGACCAGCUGCGUUCCGCCUGCGCUGAAAGCUGACCAGGUUAGAAUCGGCAAGCUUUCAGCGCACUUUACACGCCGGUGGCGAGCGCGAAAAUGUCUCUGCGCCCACCUCCCCCUGCCAUGCCACCACGCCCAGCUUGGCGGAUCUCGGCUCGCCUCCGUGCGCCUCAGUCCACGAAAAUACCAAACUGGCUGUACGCCGGGCUGCGCCAGACAAAAAUACAACUGCGCGGGGCUCGCCGCCCUCCGCCGCCUCACGGGCGUACACGAAAAUAGAGCCCUUGCUGGUAUUAAAAAAACCAGUAUGUUUGAGGUGGCUGGACACAGGACUGUUGACAAGUGCUGCUGUAGCAUCCUAAAAUGUUUUACAUAUCUUUAAGUUUAAUUCAAAAGUGGCUUUAAGGAUUGCAUUGGCUACUUGGUAUUUCAAUAAACAACAAAGAAAUGCAAUUUGUUAACGUUUAUUAACCACUGACCUUGCUAAUCAAAUUAGCACCAGCAUUAGCUGACUAUUUUGCACUUUCAUUAAAAAAAAACCCAGCAUAACACUGAAUUUAAGCUAAACUCUGGACAGUUUGCAGUAGUCAAAGGGUCGUCAUCGAGGGAACGUCAACAACUUUUUCUUGUCCUUCUUGAAAUGUGUGGCAAGAGAAAUGCAGGAGAGCACUUUGCUUAAACACUGUUUGACACAGUUUUGCAGGUGCAUUGAGGUUUGAAGAAAAGACCAUUUUGCCUCUUUUUCUUCAUUUACCCCUCUGUUGUCUUGAUCACAAGGACGUGUCAGGCCAUAUAAUUCUCGCUCUUUUGAUCAUCCUCCUGCUCCUCUCCUUUCUGGUUGAAGUCACUGAACUGGAAUUAUUUUCUGAUUUGAGGUAAUCGUCAUCCUCCCCACUUUUCCCUCACAAGAUCUCUCCCCACCUGCUCUCUUUUCUGUCUCUUUUUGAUGAAGCGGUUCAGUGCCCAAAAUGGUACAUCCAUUGGUCUGCUUGAAGACAAGAGCCAUUAACACCAAAGAACUCCAUUUACGGGGACUGGAGAGUUAUUAGUCCAGAAAAAUGGCAAAUUUUCACUGUAUAAUUAAUUACUAAUCAUGAAUGCCUUGGGUAAAUAUCAAUCAUAGAAGCCAGAGCUAACAUUAGUUAAUAUGACUGUUGGUGUGUAUGGCUAGUUGUAGUGAUAUUGUUUCUCAUAUUUAAUAAUGAUGAACACUCAAGGUCACCUUACAAGAGAAGGUUAAAACAAUAAGAAUAAGAUCAAGAAUAAGAACAACUUUAUUAAUCCCCGAAGGGAAAUUCAAUUGUCUGUUGUCUCACAAAAUGUGUAAAUAGUAGAUAACUGUUAGAGACAUAAGAGUUAUACAGUCUAAUGGCUGUUGGGACAAAAGAUCUGAAUCUUUCUGUCCUGCAGCGAAAAGAGAUGAGCUGUCCACAGAGCCAGCCUUUUCACCAGUUUGUUAAGACGUCUUGCAUCUUUGUGUUUGAUGCUUCCUCCCCAGCAGACUGCAGCGUAGAACAGAACACUGUGGACACCACAGACUGAUAAAACAUCUGCAGCAUCUUACUACAGAUGUCUAUUGAUCAGAGUCUUCUCAGGCAAAAGAGGCGGCUCUGCCCCUUUGUGUAAAUGAAGUCUAUAUUCUUAGACCAAUCCAACUUAUUAACCAGAUGUACACCUAGAUAUUUAUAUGAUGUCACCACUUCGAUGUCCACUCCACAGGUGUUCACUGGCUGAAGAGGGGGUUUGGAUCUACGGAAGUCUAUGACCAUCUCCUUUGUUUUUGAGGUGUUGAGGAGGAGGCAGUUUUUGUGACUCCAGUCACUGAAGGCUCUUAUUAGAUCUCUGUAUUCAGCUUCUUGUCCUAUUUUGCAGUUUCAUAAAAAAAAACAGCAUGGCACUGAAUUUAAGCUAAACUCUGGACAGUUUGCAGUAGUCAAAGGGUCGUCAUCGAGGGAACGUCAACCACUUUUUCUUGUCCUUCUUGAAAUGUGUGGCAAGAGAAAUGCAGGAGAGCACUUUGCUGAAACGCUGUUUGACACAGUUUUGCAGGUGCAUUGAGGUUUGAAGAAAAGACCAUUUUGCCUCUUUUUCUUCAUCUACCCCUCUGUUGUCUUGAUCACAAGGACGUGUCAGGCCAUAUAAUUCUCGCUCUUUUGAUCAUCCUCCUGCUCCUCUUCUUUCUUUUCUCCUUUCUUGUUGAGGAGGAGGCAGUUUUUGUGACUCCAGUCACUGAAGGCUCUUAUCAGAUCUCUGUAUUCAGCUUCUUGUCCAUUUCUGAUACAUGCCACAAUAGCGGUGUCAUCUGAGUAUUUCUGGAUGUGGCAGGACUCAGUGCUGAAUUUGAAGUCUGACGUGUACAGUGUGAACAGGAAUGGCUCCAGCACUGUCCCUUGUGGAGCCCCUGUACUGCUCAUUAAUGUCCCAGAAACACAGUUCCCCAGCCUGACAAACUGUGGCCUUCCUGUCAGGUAAUCUGUGAUCCAGGAAACACAGGAAGGAUCCACUGUGAGCUUGUCUUUGAGUAUGGUGGGUUGGAUUGUAUUGAAUGCUUUUGAAAAGUCAAAGAACAUGAUCCUCACAUAAACCCCAGGUUCCUCCAGAUGAGACAGGGCAUGGCGAAGCAUGUAGAGGACAGCAUCAUCCACUCCAAUGUGUUCUUUGUAUGCAAACUGCAGGGAGUCCAGUUUGUCUUUGACCUCAGACAUCAGAAGGCGUAGAAUCAGCCGCUCCAGGGUUUUCAUGAUGUGUGAACUGAGGGCCACUGGUCUGUAGUCAUUGAGUUCAGCAGGACAUUUUGUUGUUGAUACUGGCACAAUGCAGGAUGUUUUUCACAGAGCAGGUACCCGCCCCAGCUGUAGACUCAGGUUGAAGAUCUUGUGGAGAGGUUGACACAGUUCUGCAGCACAGUCUCUAAGCAGCCUUGGACACACACCAUCUGGACCAGCUGCCUUCCCAGGACAAAGUCCUCCAAGCUCCAUCCUCACCCCUGUUUCAGUGACAGACAAGGACUGGUGUUCUAGGAGGGAGGCAGUUGAAGUGGUUGAGACAUUUGUACAAGAUGGAGGAGGAAGGGGAGAAGUUGUAGUGGAGAUUUGUUGCGGAGAGGAAGGUGGAGUAGCAGUGGGAGUGGGUAUGACAGCAGUGUCAAAUCUGUUGAAGAACAGGUUGAGUUCAUCAGCUCUUUUCACAUCACCCACCACUGGCUGUCUUUUAUUUUUAUUGCUGUGUCCAGAGAUGGUACUGAUUCCUCUCCACACUUCACAGAUGUUGCUGUGUUGUAGAUUCUUCCAAUUGAAAGUGUUUUACAAUAUUGGAGACAGUUCUGUUCGUAGACAUUUAUACCAUUCUGUAUUGUACCCAUCAGAGCCCGGAGACUUCCCAGUCUUUAAUCUGGAAAUUGCCAAAUCCACUUCCCUGCUUGUAAUGGGUUUGAUUAAAUCUUCAUUUUGGAGGUCUGUAAGUGUUGGUUAGUCCAAUCGGUUCAAAAAGGAGUCAACCCGGGCCUCAUCAGCAGCUGCUGGUUUGGAGUAUAAGUUAUAAUAAAAGGAUUCAAAACAUUCCUUAAUUUUCUCUGAUUUAGUUUCAAUGGCCUUGGUAACUGGGUUUUUUAUUUUAUAAAUCGUACCCUCUUCCUGUUGCUUUCGUAGUUUGUAGGCCAGAUAUUUAGCUGAUCUGCCUCCUACUUCAUAACGCUUUUGCCUUAGGAAGAGAAAGCUCCUCUGUGUUUCCUGGGUGUAAAUGUUGUUUAUUUCACCCUGAAUCUUGUUAAAAUCUUGUUUUAAAAUAGAAUUAGUGCCUCCUCUGCUGUCCGCUAACUGUAAUUGUUUCAGUUUGCCUUCUAAAUCCAAUAGCUUCUGUUGUUUCAUUUUCCUAAAAUGAGCAGUUAAAGAUAUAAGUUAACCCCUCAUCACCCCUUUUAAAGUGUCCCAUAAUAUUGCCGGGGAUAUUUACUCUGAGUUGUUUAGCUCCAUAAAGUCUUAAAUAUUUUUUUUUAUCUUCUCCACUAUUGUUGGUUUAUUCAAUACGUAUAAGUUUAGUCUCCAGAGGGUUACUCUUUUCUUCCUCCCAAGGUGUAAAGACAUAGAAACUGGGCUGUGGUCUGAUAAUUCUAUUGUUUCAAUGUUACAGCUCUGUACUUUGAACCCGUCAACUGUAAACAUCAAAAGCUCUCUCCACACAUCGAAUAUACCCAGCUCUCCCAUAUGCAAGUUCACCUUCCUGCUAACAGGAUUAUUCAGACCUGUUGUGGCAGAAGAGUCCAUGUUAGACAGCUUUAUAUUAAAGUCUCCUCCACAAAUUACCACUCCCUGUGAAUUCACCAUUAAAUCUAGAAUACGUCUGUACAAGGGCCAUUCGCUUCCCGGUGGUUACCAAUGUUCCCUCUAUCUUGCCUGUAUUACUCACAAACCUCCCCUCCUCAUCCACUACCUCAGAGAUAAGUUUAUAAUUGACUGCAUUUGAUAUGAGGGUUGCAACUCCCCUUUUAUGACUAAUCCCAUCAGCAGACGAGAACACAUGUCUAAAUCCCAUCCUUUUCAAUUUGAGAUGCUCAGCUUGACUCAUAUGUGUCUCUUGAAACAGAGCGAACUGUGCCCUCUCCCUUCUCAACUUACUUAGUAUCUUAUUUCUUUUGAUAGGAUUCAAAACCCCAUUUACAUUGAAGGUGAUCAUUUUCAUUGGAUCCCCCUGCAUAGUAUACCCUGUAAACAAUUUUUGUCUCCCCUUCUCUUCGUACAUGAAAAUCAAAACCCCUCAGCACUUGGAAAAACAAAGACAAACUCGACGGUAUUUACAAUAGUGCAAUCAAACAUUAACAAUAACACCCUAGUGAACUUGUGUUCCGGCAGUGGUCUUCCCCAACUGACCUGCCUCCCUCCCGAGGGCUAGCCUCUAUAACCUAGCUGUGUUAGAUGACAACCAAAAGUCAAGUCUCGAUCUAUCUUUAAAGACUAUAGCAUUCUAGCGACUGUGAAAAACCCUCUCUGCCAAGUGAAGCCUUUCUUCUGCCAAGCCAGCUUUAACGCCUCUUCUUUAACAUUAAAGCUGAGGAAAUUGACCACUAUGGACCUCGGUUGUUUGUCUUUUUCAGGUGGUGGUGACUUAACUUUCCUUAAGCGGCCAUCCUCUCCUAACCCGGAACCGGACAUGAUUACGGUAUCCAUGUGGUAAAUAAAGGGCUUAUGUAUAAUGUUUAGUUUGCCUUCUUGCUAAAAACAAUAGCCUACUAUUUCGGUUUUCACCUAACAAACAGGAGAUCUCAUUUCACCAUUAGAUUGUGCUUUGCAAGACAACUGUUACAAGUUGAGUUAUCAUUUAUUUCCAUCAUUUGGGUUAACGUUGGGCCCUGUAUUAACGUAAUGUAUCUGUAAGUUAACAUUAGGUAGCCUAUUUCAACGACGAACAUACAUUUGCCAUGCCAUUUAGCUACAACUCCAUCCAAACUAAAACAAUAAAAAGCUAAUUGUUCCACCUUGUUUUACCAUGCUUUAGUGUGAUUAAAACAUUAAGCAUGUAAGGGCAUGUUUAUAAAAUGUGCAAUUCAUGGAGAGGUUUUAUUUUAAUUUGAAUAUUGCAUUCUGUGUCUUUGAUGAUUAUUUCAAUUGCAAUUUCAGGGGCACUUCUGAAAUAUUUUGGAGCACCCUCUGCCACUGUUCAUGAUGUGCCAUCUACCUCCCCCACCAGACAAGAUGAGGAGAAGCUGCCAUCUACCUCAUCAUCUACACAGGCCUCUUCUGAAAUGGUCUCAACCCUUGAUGAUGAGCCGCUAUCUAUGUCUUCAGCCACUAUAUCUUCACAAAAAUCUCUCUCUACUUCUACUUCUCCCCAGCAUGAGUCUUCAGGUGGGUUUGCAGGUCUGUCUGUCUGUCUCUCUCUCUCUCUGCCUGUGUAUGUUUGUUUAGAGGGGGUAUGCCUAGGGUAAGACUACUGCAAUUUAAUGUAAAUUUAAUACAUUAUUUUUCAUCAUUUCUUAGUAGGCCUAUGAGUUAUGUUCCACUGCUAUGUGCUCUGACUAAUGUGCUACCAUGCUGUCUGAUAGAAAUGCCUGAAGCUGAAUGCCCACUCAGUCCCACUGCUGAGGAUGAGCCUCUGUCAACUGACCCUGCUAAGUGGCCCUCACCUUUGACUGACAGGAUUCGAACUGAGCUGGUUCACAGAGGACCCAGUAAGGAGCCACCUGACUUUGUUUUCUGUCGGAAUGAAAGUGAUGGGAGAAGCUGCCGCCACCAAUAUUAUAAAAAGACACUAGUUAGUGGUGAAACGAUGGCAAGAAGUUGGCUGAUAUAUUCCAUGGAGAAUAAUAGCCUUAUUUGCUUCUGCUGCAAAUUGUUUUCCAGGAGGAACAUUCUUCUAACAAGUUCUAACAAGGGGUGACAAAUUGGAAACAUGCAAGCACUUAUCUCACAUCACAUGAAAACAGUCCAGAACACCUCAAUUGCAUGAAAGCAUGGAAGGAACUGGCAGUGAGGUUACGAGGUGGGGAAACUAUUGAUAAGCAGGAGAUGGCACUUUUGGAGGCUGAGAGGGUUAGAUGGAGGGCAGUGCUGACACGUCUGACUGCUAUUGUGCAGUCACUGUUCACAUCAUCAAAUGGUAAUUUUCUCAAAGAGGUCGAACUUAUGGCCAAGUUUGACCCAUAAUGAAAAAUCACCUUGACUGUGUUGUAAGAGGAACAGCAAAUCACAACAGCUACCUAGCCCAUCAUGUGCAGAAUGAGCUGAUUGAUUUGUUGAGGGGCAAAAUAAUAUCUGCUCUGGUGGAUGACAUUACGCAGGCAAAGUUUUUUUUCAAUUAUUCUUGACUGCACCCCAGACACAAGCCACACAGAACAGUUGUCAGUGGUCAUUAGAGUGGUGUCACUGAUGGAGAAGCCCCAUAUCAGGGAACAUUUUAUGGGAUUUUUAGAGGCAGAGGAGUCCACAGGCCAGCACUUGGCAUCCAUGAUACUGACAAGACUUGAGGAGUUGGGAAUUCCUUUUGAAGACUGCAGAGGACAGUCAUAUGACAAUGGGGCAAACAUGAGAGGAAAAAAUAAGGGAGUUCAAGCCAGGCUCUUAGAAAAGAAUCCAAGAGCUCUGUUUGUGCCAUGUGGAGCACAUACAUUGAAUUUAGUUGUAUGUGAUGCUGCUAAGGCCUCUGUUGAUGCUCUAAGCUACUUUGGUGUCCUGCAAAAGCUUUAC